GAUCGCUUUGUUCGAAGCACUGCCGUUCCCAACAAACAUAUGGAACCUACCGGAUUUUGGCGUAAUUCCAAUACAGGUCCAUACAUGCUUACUCCUCGUAAUAAAAUUACGGAGUAACGCCAAACGCCAGAAUGUCGGUUCAGGGUGACUAUUCACAAAGGACAUUUCAUCGAGUGUCAUGUAACUUCCGGGACAUGUCCGAAAAGUAUCGAAUGGUUGUCAGAAACUUUAAAUCACAGUAUGCGUCAUUGUACCGCGUUCGGUACGAGAGAUGUCUGCCGAUGCUACGCGCCAGUGUUGAAAAAAAAUGGGGUGAAUCAAAGGUACCUAUUGUAGAUGUAUGCAACCUGGAAUGUGGUGCUCGUACGAUCGUAGUGGGGACCCUAUUCAAGGUUAUGCCCAAACAGCCUUCAAUUCUAAGGGAGAUCUCUGAAGACGUUCCUGAAGAUCAUCCGCUUGGGAUCUUAGAGAGCGACGAUAAUUUUACUUCGGAUGAAGACUCACUCGUUCUUGAAGACAUGAGACAGCGGGUUGCUAUCAAACACUCAAAUCUUCUUAAUGUGCACCAUCUGGUUACCGGCGUACCCAUAGCACUGCUGGGUACAGUUAAUGAAGAAGAUGCACAAUUUAUCGUCGAGGACUACUGUUUCAUAGGCAUCCAAAAACAGUUAUCCAUCCCAAAGAUAACCGAGGAUAAGUUUGUAGUGUUGUUGAGUGGCCUUGAACUUUCAAAAUCCAACGACUUGACGACCCUACAGCUCUUUGUGGAUUACCUAGGCGGAUUUAUUGGUGGAAACAAAGAAAUUGAAAAAACGGCGAAGGUUUGCCGCGUCGUUCUUUGUGGCAACUCGGUGAUGGGUCGGUCGAAUUCUUCAAAGUCCAACACACCUAAGUUUUCAUUGCGAAAGGAAGUACCUGAUAAUGCCCCUUGGAUGAACAUGUUAGAUGCGUACCUUGCAGAAUUGGCUAAAACUGUCCCUGUAGAUAUUAUGCCUGGCCCAUAUGAUCCCGCAAACAUGCUGCUUCCCCAGCAGCCUCUCCACCACUGCCUAUUCCCACGAGCUGCCGUCCACGCGAACUUCAUAGCUGUCACAAAUCCGUAUGCCUUUGAGGUGGAUGGUGUACGGUUUUUAGGAUCGUCCGGACAAAACGUAUCGGAUAUUCUUCGAUAUUCACGCUUGAAAGGACCAAUCGACGUUCUCAAGGCAAUUCUCGAUUGGUCUCACAUGGCGCCAACAGCUCCAGAUACUUUGGGAGCGUACCCUCAACAGGAACAAGAUCCAUUUGUUAUUGAAGAGGCUCCGCAUGUUUUUUUUGCUGGCAAUCAAGAUAAAUUUGCUGUGGAGAAGCUCACUGAUGACGAAUCGGACGUACGCUUGACACUCAUAAGCAUACCAAUAUUCUCAUCGAAACCUACCGCUAUUUGGGUAAACCUCCGAACUUUGGACGCGUCACCACUUGAUUUCGUUGUCGAUACUGGGAUAGAGUCUUUGUCAGAUUAAACGAGAAACCAGCACAUUAAGUGUUAAUUUUCGGACGUAAUUUAUGUUCUUAAAUCUUGUUCGUCUGCUCAAUGUCAUAGUGAACUUUCCGGGAAGAUUCAAAGCGUUAAAUAUACACGCUCAUAUAAUGAU